CUUUCUCUGCGUGCAAGCCAAACACAUCGAUCAUCCCGUAAGAAAUGUUAAUAUGUAAUCAUUCUCUCUCUCUCUCUCCUCUCUCUCUCUAGUCUCUCUCUGCGCGUCUUUGGUUUCGUUGCUUUAUUUAUCUGGCUACAGAUCUUCUUCUUACCCUUACUCUGCAAUUUCCCUUCACUUACAAACUCUCUCUCUUUCUCUCUCUCUCUCUCGCUGAGUGUUAGUAGCUCGCUCUGUUUGUGUUAAACACAGAUUCAUAACAGGUCUCAACUCUUUGCAUGGAUGGAUUCUUCAAAAGCUCAACAACAGGCCAUGUCUAGCCAGUCACUAGAAGAUGUAAUGGGUUGUCCGAAAUCACAGCAAGAGCGUAAACUGAGGCCACCAGAACAAGCUCUCAAGUGCCCUAGAUGCGACUCCAGCAACACCAAAUUCUGUUACUACAACAAUUACAGCCUUUCACAGCCCAGAUACUUCUGCAAGGCAUGUAGAAGGUAUUGGACAAAAGGAGGAACACUGAGAAAUGUUCCAGUAGGGGGAGGUUGCCGGAAGAACAAGAGAUCCUCAUCAUCAUCAUCAACAAAACGGACCCAAGAUCAACCCCUUACAGCUAUCAACUCUAACCCACUCUCUAACCUCCCAUCCUUAGCUUAUGACUCCAAUGACCUCACCCUCGCCUUCGCUAGGCUCCACAAACAACCCACUCGGCAGUUGGGUCUUGAUCAUGACCAUGAGAAUUCUAUUCUGGGAAACCCUAAUUCUACCCACUGUGACAUCCUAGGAAACCCUGAUCAUGGUUUCAUUGAUGCACUUAAAAGUGGGUUUCUUGAUACUUCCUCAAAUGGGUUCCAUAACUUCUACUAUGGGUUGGGGAAUGGGAACCUCGGAGAAUUAGAAGGUGGUGGUGCAGCGGCCACCGACGGCGGUGGUGGUGUCGGAGGUGGUGAGAUGGUCUUCCCUUAUCAUGAGGAAUCUGCAACAAUAACGACGAUCAAACAAGAGCUCUGCAAAGGCAAGGAUGGAGAGAAUAGAAUCUUGUAUGGGUUUCCAUGGCAGGUCGGUGGAGAUGGAAACAUGGGUGGUUUGGAUUCAGGAAGAGAGAGGUGGAAUGGACUUGGAUCUUCUUGGCGUGGACUUGUUAAUAGCCCUCUGAUGUAGAUCAUCUUCAUGGUUUCUUCAUGGUUUGAUGGAUUCUAUUCUAUUUCUAUCUGAUCCAUCAAAAUUUUAUCCUUUAAUUGUUGUAUCAUCGACUGUCAAGUCAAGUAUCAUUGAGCUCUUUUACUUUAUUAAUCUUCUUUUGUUUUGUUUCUUACUGUUCUUUCUCCUUAUUUGUAGUGAACCCUUAACUGAUAUACUAAUUAAUGAAUUUACUGAUUUGUUUUCUAA